AGCAGCCUCCGAGGCGGAAGCAGUACUGUCUGUCCAGGCCCGGCUCCGACUUGCCCUGGGUUUUCGCCCCGCCCACCUCAAUGUGGGUGAAAGUUCGUCUGUGCGGGCACUGAGGCAGGGGCAUCGGAGCUGGGCGGGCUAGCAACAGACUAGCACACUACUGCGCGGGCCAUGGCCGACGAGGCGAAACCUAUCAGUCCGCUCAAAAACCUGCUGGCUGGCGGCUUUGGCGGUGUGUGCCUGGUGUUUGUGGGGCACCCCCUGGACACAGUUAAGGUGCGGCUACAGACACAGCCCCCAUGUUCUCCUGGACAAGCUCCCAUGUAUUCUGGAACUCUUGACUGUUUCCAGAAGACUCUUGUUAAAGAGGGCAUCACAGGACUCUAUCGGGGCAUGGCUGCACCCAUCAUAGGGGUCACCCCCAUGUUCGCUGUGUGCUUCUUUGGAUUUGGUUUAGGGAAGAAACUGCAACAAAAAUCGCCAGAUGAUGUGCUCAGCUACCCCCAGCUCUUUGCAGCUGGAAUGUUAUCUGGAGUUUUCACCACAGGAAUCAUGACUCCUGGAGAACGGAUCAAGUGCUUAUUACAGAUCCAGGCCUCUUCAGGGGAGAUCAAAUACACUGGUACCUUGGACUGUGCCAAGAAGUUGUACCAGGAAUCAGGAAUCCGAGGCAUCUACAAGGGGACUGUGCUGACCCUUAUGCGAGAUGUCCCAGCCAGCGGGAUGUACUUCAUGACAUACGAGUGGCUGAAAAAUAUCUUAACUCCAGAAGGAAAGAGUGUCAGUGAGCUCAGUGUGCCUCGAAUCCUGGUGGCUGGGGGCAUUGCAGGAAUCUUCAAUUGGGCAGUUGCAAUUCCCCCAGAUGUGCUCAAGUCCCGCUUCCAGACUGCUCCACCUGGGAAAUAUCCUAAUGGUUUCAGAGAUGUGCUGCGAGAGCUGAUCCGAAAUGAAGGAGUCGCAUCCUUGUACAAGGGAUUCAAUGCAGUGAUGAUCCGCGCCUUCCCAGCCAAUGCAGCUUGCUUCCUUGGCUUUGAAGUUGCCAUGAAAUUCCUUAAUUGGGUUGCUCCCAACUUGUGAGGAUGAAGUGCAAGGUUCCAGAUACCGGAAACUGUGACAGAAGAGGAACAUGGGGCAGGACUAAAGUGUUCUGUAGGGUGGUGGGAUGGUAUGGUGGGAUCAGUACUCUGUGUGUGGAUGUGGUAAGACCAUUGCCUUAAUGACAUUCUCUACCGUGUAAAACUUUGGUGUGCUAUUUUCAAACUUGAAUUCACUCUUGUCAAUUUACAGAGCCUCAAAAGGAUUUGGAGAUGGAGUUAGUAGCUUCUAGAUCAGAUGCCACCUGUGGUCUGUGUGCCGCCAGUUGAUUGCUGAUGACUAUACCCAGCAUAGUUCUUGCUAAAGGAAGGAAUCUCUCACUGCAGAGACUAUGCAUAUUUUCCACCAGCUGGACAGAAAUUAGACUCUUGGAUCCCUAGCAUAGAAUACUAAUCAGAUUUCCAGGGUACCAUCUACCUCUGACUUAUACAUGGGGAUGUGGACUUGAAACCCACAUCUGUCUGCCCAGGUGGAUUGAGUAUGUGCAUCUAGAGGCAGAUAGGUUAUUAAAAAUCAGGUAAAAAUUUUUUAAUGCAUGAAAGUAAUAAAAAUGAAAACUUGAGUAGCCUAAUUUUCCAAGAGUAGGUGGAGAGCUUCCUCUCCUACACCAUAAGUUUUUACUCGAUCGUCCUAGCCUGCUGGGAUAAGUGAGAAAGCCCAGAGUGUAGGAAGGUUCUUUUUGCACAUUCUUUUCUCAUGAGAGUGCCCUAUUUUAACAGGAAACAAUAAAUAUUGUUUCUAAUUUUUG